CAGGAUGGGGGGGCGAGACCACCCGGUCCACCUGGCCUGUCCGAGGCCGAAGCAAGCGGUGUACCGGGGACCAAUGGAGCCUCCAGCUCUCGCGUUUAUUCGUUCACUUAGCGCCUGCUCUGCGUUAGGUACUGGGUACUGGCUUAGAAAUUCAGAGGAUUCUCUCAUAAAGCCUGUGUUCGAGUGAGAGAUAGACAGGUAUUUAGGAUACAGCGUACUAAGUUCUGUGAUGCCUGAAGCCCUGGGAAUUCACUUAGGCUUCUGUGGAAAGUGGUGCUUACGUACAGACCGAAGGGUAGGGUAGGGGCAUAGCAACAUAAACUGAGUGAAGAGCGAGUUCAGAAGUCUGAGAGGCAAAGACCAAGAAAUGUAUAUGCUGAGGUUUGAAGAACUAAAGAUAAUUCAGUAUGUCUGAAGGCGAGUAGCAAGAAAUGGCCUGGAAAAUAGACAGGUUACAGCAGGGAAUUUUAGGCAAGAUUAAGGAUUUUUUUUCCCUUGAGAACUGGGUGAACCCGGGGAACAGUUAUCAUUAGCCGUGCCUCUUACUGUAUCCUGUGGAGAAAACUUAAAGAAAGAUUCAACAGGGGACAAAGUUUGCAGUCAGAAAGACCAUCCAGAAGUUCUGAUGACCUGGUUCAUGCAAAGGGGAUUGGACUCAGAAACCAAGAAACAACUAGAAGAGGAGGAAAAGAAAAUUAUUAGUGAAGAGCACUGGUACUUGGAUUUGCCAGAGCUUAAAGAGAAAGAGAGCUUCAUAAUAGAAGAGCAGAGUUUCUUGUUAUGUGAAGAUCUUCUCUAUGGAAGAAUGUCAUUCAGAGGAUUUAAUCCUGAGGUUGAGAAAUUAAUGAUUCAGAUGAAUUCUAAGAACAAAGCAGAAGAAGUUGAAGAUAAAACUGUGGAGCUUGAUGUGUCCGAUGAAGAAAUGGCUAGAAGAUAUGAGACUUUGGUGGGGACGAUUGGAAAAAAAUUUGUCAAAAAAAGAGACCGUGCCAAUUAUGAAGAAGAUGAAAAUGGAGAUAUAAAACCAGUUAAAGCAAAGAAGAUGUUCUUAAAGCCUCAAGAUUAAAAUGGAUGCCUUAAGAUACAGCUCAGGAAUGCCUUAUGAGUAUUAACAUAUUUUGGAACUCAUUCCAGUGGUUUCUCUAUAGCUAGUGAUAUUGUAAUGUUUAUUUGUAAAGAAAUGUAUAAUUUCGGAAACAUGCUGUUCUUGAAACAGGUGUGUGAUGGAUGUUGUACAUCCUUUGUCUAAUAGUAUUCAUCAAUAGUGGGUUUUUAGCCCUUGAUCUUCAAAUGUACAAAGGUACAUGGUUGCUUCCUAAAAAAUUUUUGACCCCAGAUUUUUAAAAAUAAAUCUGUAUAGUCACUGGCCUUAAAUUGACUCAUAAAUGAAUACCAGAGUUUAAAUCAUCCUUAUGUUUACAUUUUACUUUAAAUUACUAAUAAUGUGAAGCCAGUUAAUACAUUUUAGAAUCAACUAUCAUGAGAAUUUAUUAUAUAUAAAUUCAUCGAGAACAAACAUGUUUCUUCAGUCCAAAGUAUUUGCAUGUUACCAAGUCAUUGUAAAUUUGUAGAAUUAUGGGGGGGGGGGCAUGUUAAAACCUUUAAUAAAAAAAUAUGUUCUAUAGUCAUCUUAUGUUUUCAUAUACUUUUUCUGUUCUCUUUUACUUUCAGGUAAUAGAUUUAGUCUAAUUCAAUAAUGGAACUUUAAAAAAAGCAGCUGCUAAUUUAGAAUGUGGUUCUUUAUUAGGUUGAACCAUAGCAGAUUGAUUUCUGUAGUAGACCGCUCUGCCUGAUUUUAGGAAUUGUAUCACUACCCCUUGUGGCUAAGGGUGCGAGACAACCUUUGGAAUGCCGGCCAAAGGAGACAAAGCUUGUCUCUGGUAGCAAACACUGCCUCAGUUCCUCUCCCUGCCCCCAGAGCUUGGUUGGAAGUCAAUGACAGGUAAGACCCCUCACAGCAGGGGGCAACCUAAGCCAGACUCGAUCACCUGGGAGGCCUUCAUGGAAGGACUGGGGGGCUGCAACAAAGAGCAAUAGACUCUUGCCCCCCCGGUUUUGACAUAGCCCAAGUCCCCACAUCUUCUGGGAGAAGUGCUUCCUGGCUCUAAUCACUUUAAGCCUGAAUACCUGAUGGGAAGAGGUGCAGCUCAUUGCCUGGCCAGAGCGUGCCCUGGGGAAAAUCUGGCACCACAAAGACUUGCUGAUUAACCUGUGAAAUCUGCUAAAAGUGCUUUCAUUCUUAUGAUAAAGGGUCCAAGAGGAAAUGAGUAUGUCUCCCAAAGUUUCUGCAACUCUCUUCCUAACAGACACUGACUCAGAUCUCUUUGUAAUGUUAUCUACUGUUUGAUCCUUGCCGCCCUGUAUUCCUGUGUAUUACAACCCAAUAAAAGGGUUUUUCUCCUCAGAGAAACUGGUCACUGCUGGCCUCUUUCUCCCCAGGGAAACUGGCCACAGCCUACACCUCCAUCCCCAAACAGAUCUCGUCGCUUCUCAGCCAUAUUUAUUCACUCACAUGUGUCUAUGGCACCAGGAGGACCUCGCGAAAGUGGUCGCCCCCACAGAUUUCUAUGGGUCCAAACCAAUCAUCAAUUUCUCAUAGUGUAGCUCAGU